AAUGUCAAUGUGACAAUUCAACGUUUUCCUAGCGGGUCACGAGCGAACUUCAAUUAGGUGCAUUUUUAUAUUUUUAUAUCGGAAGCUGGCUCCGAUAAGUUCCCCGUGACUUUCUUCUCGUGCUCAACAACAAGUGGCUUAACCUUGGCGUAAUGAGUGGAGUGUUACCUCAGUGAAUCUUAAGCUAACUGUAACAUUAAUAUAGAAGAUAGGAAAGUCACGAAAGCUAUAGUUCAGAAUGUCCCAAGAAGAUAAUGGUACGGCAUCGGCAGAAGCCGAAUUACUUGCCGCUGAUGACCAAGGCAAUUCGGACGGCACCGUUGAAGGACAAGCGGCAGCACAAUUGCAGCAGCAGCAACCGUCACGCGCUGAAUCGUUCUUCGCCAUCACCAAAUCACUGAUCAUUAGAGCAUUGAUUAUUUAUUUCAUCUCUUCGUUCUUUCGCCGUCCAGCACCGGAUGCCGGCGUAAACCAGCAGGCAACGGGCAAAUCGAAGAUUAAUGCCUGGAAUCUGUUCGACAAUGGUACCGUUUUCGAUUUGCACGUAUACAUUUCGGAAGAUCAGUACAAUGUGGACUUUAACGAUCCGAGCAGUUUAGUUUGGCUGCAGGAGGGCCUAAUUUACGGCGAUUGGUACGGUGGGCGCGAAAAAGAUGGCAUUUUUACGCUUAACACUCACAUCAAAGCCUCCGAGCAGCUGAUGAACAAUGGAUCGAUAUACCUGCACACGUACGUCACGAAGACGGGUCUCAGCCCAAAUCCGGCAGCGGGUGCAGAAUUUGCGGGCAAAAACAUGGGCCAUGCAAGGGCCAUGCUGAGCAAAUACAAAAGGAUCAAGCGCACCAAAACGCAUAACUUGCUGGCGGGAGAAAAGGAAAAGUUCGAGAAGGAGUUGGAAAAUGCGCUGGUAGAUGAUAAGAUACUUGCGCACUGGCAUCCUAAUCUUACGAUAAAUCUUGUCACGGAUCAAACGAAUUGGGUGAAAGGAUCUGUGCCGCCGCCGUUGGACGAGUACAUCAAAUUUCUCCCCGGAGGACAAACGUACCUUCCGAUCGUUUUCUACAACGACUACUGGAACAUGAUGAGAGAUUAUCAACCCAUUAACAGCACGACUCCGGUGCUGGAACUGAACCUAUCGUAUCAACCACUGUCGCUGUUCAAGUGGCAGCUGUACGCGGCCCAAACGAUGCGCAAUAAGUGGGCGAACAAUAUGUUCACGGAAGCGCUAUCCGGUGGUACCGAGACGGACGAAGAUCAAGACUCGUUGAAGGAAGCGUUACUGGACAAUAAUCCUUAUUUGCUGGGCGUGACGAUCGUGGUAACGAUUCUGCAUAGCGUAUUCGAGCUGUUGGCAUUUAAAAACGACAUCCAGUUCUGGAACAACCGCAAGUCGCUGGAGGGUCUCUCCGUUCGAUCAGUAUUUUUCGGUGUAUUUCAAUCGUUGAUCGUGCUGCUGUAUGUGCUGGACAAUGAGACAAACUUCAUGAUUAAGAUCAGCUGUCUGAUGGGGCUCGGUAUUGAGGUGUGGAAAAUCCAGAAAGUUGUCAACAUCAACAUUAGCAAGGAAAACCGCGUCUUCGGCUUUCUGCCACGGAUCAGCUUCACCGACAAGGGAUCGUACGUGGAAUCCAGCACAAGGCAUUACGAUAACCUUGCAUUUAAGUAUCUAGGAUGGGUGUGUUUCCCGCUGCUGGUGGCAUACAGCGUAUACAGCGUGCUGUAUCAGGAGCAUAAAGGAUGGUAUUCGUUUGUGCUCAAUAUGCUGUACGGAUAUCUGCUCACCUUCGGCUUCAUCAUGAUGACGCCGCAGCUGUUUAUCAACUAUAAGCUGAAGUCGGUCGCUCAUUUACCGUGGCGAAUGUUGACCUACAAAUUUUUGAACACGUUCAUCGAUGAUAUUUUUGCCUUUGUGAUCAAAAUGCCUAUGAUGUACAGAAUCGGAUGCUUCCGUGACGAUAUUGUCUUCUUUAUCUUCCUUUAUCAACGCUGGAUCUAUAAGGUCGAUUCGAAGCGUGUGAAUGAGUUUGGUUUCUCGGCGGAAAUGCUUGAAUCCAAGGGCGACGCUACUAAAGCGAACGCAGCGUUGACUGAACCUAGUCCCAGCAGUGGCGAUGAGCAGGAGUCACCGGAAACAGCCAGCCAGCCCUCUUCCCCCAAUGCAAAGAAAAAGAAGAACAAAAAGUCUUCCCCAAAACGCAAGGGAGGCAACAAGUCGGCCACGGAUAAGAAAGAUGACUAAUCUGCUGCACCAUUAGUGUAAUACAACCCUUAGAACUGCUUUGCCGCCCCCAUGCAUUGGAGCAAAAACACGUGAGGCAACUGUUGUCUUUAUAAUUGUAUCUUUGGUGCAUUCAUUGCACUAAUCACGAAUUUGUUUUCUACCUAUAGUAUAUUUAAUUUUCAUCAUAGUUAAUCCCAACGACGCAGUAUAACAACCUACUGACGAUCGUAUACAGCUAAAACUAAUAGUUAUACUACAAGCUUUACUAGGUUCAUUCAUUGCCCUAUAAAGACUAUUGUUAUGAAAUAGUCGUGUAGCAAAGAAAGGAAUGAAUUAACGGUAUGUUUUACAAUGAUCAAAGUACGUGUUUAGUGUAGUAUGAUAACUCAAAGCGUGAAUUUCAAAAGCGAACAAAGAAUUAUUCGAUUGGCCGUCA